UCCCCGCUAUGCCUGAGCCUGCCAAGUCCGCCCCGGCGCCCAAGAAGGGCUCCAAGAAAGCUGUCACCAAGGCUCAGAAGAAGGACGGCAAGAAGCGCAAGCGCAGCCGCAAGGAGAGCUACUCCAUCUACGUGUACAAGGUGCUGAAGCAGGUGCACCCCGACACGGGCAUCUCGUCCAAGGCCAUGGGCAUCAUGAACUCCUUCGUCAACGACAUCUUCGAGCGCAUCGCCGGCGAGGCGUCCCGCCUGGCGCACUACAACAAGCGCUCCACCAUCACGUCGCGGGAGAUCCAGACGGCCGUGCGCCUGCUGCUGCCCGGCGAGCUGGCCAAGCACGCCGUGUCCGAGGGCACCAAGGCCGUCACCAAGUACACCAGCUCCAAGUGAGUCCCUGCGGGGACGAGGCUCCAAAGGCUCUUUUCAGAGCCACCCACCCCGCCCUCAAAGGAGCUGGCAUGGCUACGCUUACGAGCCAACGACUCUUCCAGUUCGUUUACUUUGGGCACGAGGAAUUAAUAUGCUU